GCGGCGGCGCUGGCAGCGGGCCGGGGCGGCAGCGGCGGGGAGGUGCGCGCCGGCCGGGGCGGCCAUGAGGACCGAGAUCUCCACGGCGGCGGCGUUCGUCACCCGCCUCCUGCGGGCCGCCGGCGGUAUCGGCGAGGAGCAGCUGCGGUGCUUCCGGGAGUGCCUGCAGGAGGCGCUGCGCGAGCACUACAAGCACCACUGGUUCCCCCUGAUGCCCUCCAAGGGCUCCGGGUACCGGUGCAUUCGGAUCAACCAUAAGAUGGACCCCUUGAUAGGAAAGGCAGCGGGGAUGAUUGGACUGAGCCACGAGAGACUCUUCCAGCUCUUACCCAGCGAAUUAACUCUUUGGGUCGACCCUUUCGAAGUGUCCUAUCGCAUAGGUGAAGACGGGUCUAUCUGCGUCCUUUACGAAAGUCCCCAGCCUGGUGGGAAGGCGACCAAGCCAGUGGAGAGCAGGACCAGCUGUAAGGAGGAGUGGAGAAUUGGCAGAUCCAGCCCUUCCAAGAAUUACAACAUGAUGACGGUUUCUAGCUAAAAAUUACUCCUCCUUGUACAAUGUUGUAUGUAUCCCAGUCUCACGGUAAACUUAGAUGUAACUGAGAUUUUUGUUUUUUAAUUGUUUUCUUUCCACCCUGUAGGCAUUAAAGUUGUAGUAGUACUGCCAAGUUCUUUGUGGCCAAGGGCUAAUGUAUAAAACGGUUCUUUUCACUGCAUGUUACUUUCUGGAUUGUGUACUGUAAAUGCACUGUACAGUCAGCUGAUUGUUUUACACAUUUAUAUUUUCAGAGAAGUUUCGCCUAUUUGUAAUAAAAAGCAAUAUUGUAGCACUCUUUAUGAUGGAUUUUAAACAAGAUUAACACUUGCUAAAACAUUCCUCAAUUUGCAGAGCAAUAACAUUAAGGGGGGUGGGAAACAGAUCUAACAAGCUGCACAUAAAUCUUCCCAGUGAUUUGUCUGCACGGAAUUCUCUCAGGGUCAUUCAAGCUUGGCUGCGAGGCACAAAUCACAAAAUUAACUCUUAUUUUUCCUUUUUCAAAGCAUGCAUUUAUUUGAGGGCUGGAUUCCAUCAUGCCCCAACAUUUUGACAAAAAGAAUUGGGGAAUUAGUUUGUCUUGUUAUUUCUAGUUAUUGGAGUAGAACAAUAAAGACUUGCUCAAACUGCUUUUGA